UUGUCACUGGACCUGGGGCCACCUCACCUGAAGCUCCUUAACGCCGUGGCCGAGGACUCGUGCUUGUUUAAUUGCAUUUCCAUUACCUAUAUUGACAAAGACUGUUUGCGGGUCACAAGCACAGGUGCUGGGAGUUGGGAUGGGACGCAUUCAUCCAAACAAAGCAUCGAUGGGCACGAAUCUCCCCCACACCGUGCUGAGUGGAGGAAGCCAGAUACGAAAGGCCCCGAAGGCAGAAACAUACCAAGUCGGUGCUUUCUCCUGGGGGUCGGAUGGAGGCAGAAACCGACAGUGAGAGGUGGGCUCGUGCUCUGUGUGCCGCAAGGGCUUGGAUCACACGUGCGUGUUACACCACCCUGGGAAGCACGGAGGAUUCUCCAUUGCCUUCUGUGGAGCUGAAGCCACGAGGAUGAAGGAGCGUUUGGGGGAAUUACGCUGACACCCACCACUCCACAUGCACCCCCAGACCAGCCAGGCGUGGUGACCCACACCCGCUUUCUCAGCCACACAGGCAGCUGAGGCAGGAGGGUUGGCAAAUUGGAGGCCCUGGGCAACUUAGGGAAACCUCGCCUCACAGUUUUUAAGAAAGGGCCUGGGCUCCCCCAAUACCACCAAAAUUAAAGAUUCGGAUGGAUUGGUGCCGCACAGACGGAGACACAAUAAAACGGGCUCAGAGCCUGUUUGCGUGUGGGUUUUGAAGGUUCGUUGCAAAAUUCUAAUCCUCUUGUGUGUGUGGAAGGUGUUCAUGGUGAACACUGGAGAAAAACACUGUAUUUAAGCUGCUGCGGAGGGGCCCCAGGAGAUGAGGAUGCCCAUCACUGUGGGGUGCUCGGCCCAGGUAGGGCACCCUCAGGAGGCAGGCAGGGCUGCCCACUUCACAGAUGGGAAAGCCGAGGCUGACGGUCUUCACCGCCCAGCAGAGAGCAGCCCAGUUAGAUUCGGACCCCAGGCUUGCCUGCCCCGCCUCCAGUCCGUCCCCUACAGCCUGGGUGAUUUUGAGAGUGGCUUCCGCAGUCUUCUGUGUCAGGGCGCAUGCAGGCGGUGUGUAUCUGAGGUGUGCCCAGCCCGCCAUCCUGCUCCGCAGGUCUCCUUGGUGUUCCUGAUCAGCGGGCUAAUCACCCUGGGUUACGCAGCCUCCAUCAGCGGCCAGGACACCUACCAGGGCGUGGUCCGAAGGUUGUGUGGCGCCCCCAUGGGGAAGCUGUGUGAGGCCUGCUUCAUCGUCAACCUGCUUAUGAUCUCCGUGGCCUUCCUCAGGGUGAUCGGGGACCAGCUGGAGAAGUUGUGCGAAGCCCUCCUGCCAGGCGUCCCGCAGCCCUGGUUCACUGCCCAGCGCUUCACGCUGCCCCUGCUGUGUGCGCUGCUCAUCCUGCCCCUGUCCGUGCCUCGGGAGAUCGCCUUCCAGAAGUACACCAGCAUCCUAGGCACCUUGGCUGCCUGCUACCUGGCUGUGGUGGUGAUGGCACAGUACUAUCUCUGGCCCCAGGACCUUGCACGCGAGCCCCGCCCCUCACAGAGCACCUCCUCCUGGACAUCCGUGUUCAGUGUCUUCCCCACCAUCUGCUUCGGAUUCCAGUGUCAUGAAGCCGCUGUGUCCAUCUACUGCAGCCUGCGCCCGAGGAGCCUGUCCCACUGGGCCCUGGUCUCUGUGCUGUCCUUGCUGUCCUGCUGCCUCCUCUACUCGCUGACAGGAGUUUAUGGUUUCUUGACCUUCGGGUCCGAAGUUUCUGCAGACAUCUUGAUGUCCUACCCGGGCAACAACACAGCCGUGGUCAUUGCCCGGGUCUUCUUUGCUGUCUCCGUUGUGACCGUCUACCCCAUUGUGCUCUUCCUGGGGAGGUCCGUGAUGCAGGAUUUCUGGAAGAGAAGCUGCUGUGGGGCACAGGGGCCACCAGUGCUGGCCGACCCCUCGGGGCCGUGGGUUCGGGUGCCGCUGACUGUCCUGUGGGUGGCUGUGACGCUCGCGAUGGCCCUGUGUCUGCCCGACCUCGGCAGCAUCAUCGGCGUCAUUGGGGGUGCGAGCGCCUUCUUCAUCUUCAUCUUCCCAGGUUUAUGCCUCAUCUGCACUGUGGACGUCGAGCCCAUAGGACCAAGAGUCAGGUACUGCCUGGAGGCCUGGGGUGUGGUCUCGGUGCUGCUGGGCACCUUCAUCUUUGGGCAGAGCACCGUGGCCGCCAUCCUGGAGCUGCUCUGAGGAGCCUCUCCAGCGUCUGGCUCGAGAGGAGACUGGUGUGGCUGCUGUUGGUGUGAGGAUGCUGCUCACGGACUCCCCCGCCCCCUGGAGCUCACCGGUUCUGCUUGCUCUUGGGGGUUCCGGGCUCACUGACAGAAACUGGCUGCUGCACCCUCCCUCUGGAGGCCCCUUCCUGCCCUCUUUCCUGCCAGGACCCUGGGGUCACUUGACUUGUUGGUUUCCCUCCGGUCUGUUUUCAUCUUUGUGUGGCCGCCUCCCUGGAUGUCUGUGUUCAGAUUUCCCUCUUCUCGUGGGACAUUCAGUUAGGCUGCAGCCUGAUUUAGUGUGUUGGCAACUGGACUUGACUGGAUCUCAUUUAAUAACUCAGUUAAGAUGUGCAAGAGUCCAGUCUCCAAGUAGGGCCGUGUUCCCUGGGCCCAGGGUUAGGGCUUCAGAUUCUCUUCCUAUGUGUACGGCUCAGCCCUUAAUAGAGGGGGAGGCACAGCAGGCUGAAGCCCAGAGAACCAGGCUUUGGGGUGUUGGGUUCAAAGCUACCAGCUGAGCGCAGUGGGUGGGGGCCCAAGGGGGAUCUAGGCUGUGUCCCUUGCAGUGGCAGUGCACUCGUGGUAUAGUCACAAUCCUGUCUAGAUCAGUGGACCCCAGUGUGAUGGCUUAGCUCUAUAGUGUACCCCCAAAGUCUUGGGGCCCUGUGCUUGCCAGGGGAUUUAUCCACUGAGGAGAUCAUGGCUAAAUGCGCCAUUAAGGCAGCGGGGCCUGUUGGAGGCGGUCUCAGGGGAUGUGACCUGAAGGAGAGCGUUCUUAUUACUGGCUCCUCCCUCCUCUCUCUCUGCUUCCUGACUACAUGGGCUGAGCCUCUUCCCUCUGCCAGACUGUUCCUGUCUUGGAGCCAACCUGCCAUGGACUGAGCCCACUAAAACCGUGAGUCAAAAUAAACCUGUCUCCUUAAGCUGUAUCAGGUAUUGUGUCCUAGAGACAGACAAGUGACAGGUACAGCCUGCAGGUGACUGCCCAGGGCAGGCCUGCGCACCUUUCCCUUCCAUCACUGCACCCUGGGUGCCUAGAAGCCAAGUGGACCAUGUGCCCUGCGUCUUGCCUGAGCCCACCCUGACACUGUGCAGUUGUCACACCUGCCGUGGAGGGUGACAGAGGACAGGACCUCAGAAAGGGGAGCGGGGGGAGUGGGAAGGGACCCAUGUCCAUGUGUCCCUGCCUUUAACCCUGCCUGGGGCCACGUCCUGGGUGUUGCUGACUCAGGCCACAUUUUUCUACCUUGGUUUCACCCUCAGAAGCCAGUGCGGUGACAACCAGGGAGAGUAGAGCUGCCAUUCCUGACUCUUUUUAUCAUGUAUAUGGCAAGCCAGGCUCUGGGCCAGGCCCUUCUUGUAUAUGUCCUGUGCUGUGUCUGGGACCAUGUGAGGUUAGGAGUGAUAAGUUCAUUUCUUUGGUUUUCUUUCUAGCCCAUCCACAUGCAUGAAUUUUUAAAAUGGUGAUAUAAUUUGUGUGCAUGAAUUUUGCCCCUUUGCAGUGUGCUGCUCAGUGGUUUCCUGUAUAGUCACAGGGUUGUGUAGCCGCCCCCCCGUUUGUUCCUAGCAUGCUUUCAUCACCCCAAGAAGACCCCUGAGAACCAGUCACUGCCUAUGUCCCCUGUCCUCAGCCUCAGGCAAUGAGUCUGCUGUCAGCCUCUGAGGUUUGCCUGCCUCAGCUUCCUGUAAACAAACACGUGGCACAAGGUCCUGUGUGUGACUCCCUGGAUGUUACAUGAUACUUCCAGGUCUAGACAUUUUGCAGGUGAAGGCCACUGAGGCCUGGCAAAGUCGAGGCUGCCUGUCCUGCAAGGCACAGAGUUGAGAUCAGAGAUGGUUUGGGGCUGAAUGCUGUUGUCCACACUCCAGGCUGAGGAGGCACUGUGGGGCAGACCAGUGUGCCUGGCCUGGGGGAGGUGACGCGCCCUCUGCCAGCCUCCAUCCUGGCCACAGUGGCGGGGGCAUGCGCUAUCCCAUGGCCAGCAUCCUCCCAGGCGGGGCCCUGGGGAGCAGGACCACGGGGCAGUGUUGCUUUAGUGGCGCCUUGUCAUCUCAGCGUGGGCUGAAGGCAGGCAGCCUUUCGUGUGUUACUGGUCCCGUCUGCUUCUUGAAAGGCUAUGCGGGGCUGGUGGGGAGGGCUGGGCCGUGCUGGACAGUACUGGGAGUCCCGGAAUGGUGGAGCAGCGCAUUCAGGCCAAGCGGUCUUGGAGCCUUGGGAAACUGAGGACCAUUUUCUAGCGUUCAGUGCCUCGGCAGCAUCCAGAGCAGGCUUACUGUGUGGUGUGUUUAUGAAGGCAGAGUGCUAGUGACUCGCGAGCAGUGGGGACCCAGACAGCUUUGCUUCGGGAAACCUAGGACGAGCUCGGCAGGUGAACAUCAAGGUUCCCUGCAGCCCAGAGGAAAGGGGAGUUGUAUGAUUUGAGGGCUCAGCCGGAAGCAGGAAAGCACAGCGGGAUGCAAGUGGCUAGGCUGUAAACGCUGAGAGGAGGCCGAAGCGCUUCAGGGACGGCUGAAUGCUCCACGUGGGCAGAGGCUUCUGUCUUCCUGUGAGCCGCACAUCAACCCUAACCCCGCGGGAACGAGCCUGGCCUGCUUGGGAAAGCAGUGCUCUGCUGUCUGCCUAGGGAAGGGACUGUCCUGCUUGGCACCACAGCUCGCCAAGGCAUGGACCGUGGCCGCGUGGGGAGGACGGUGCUGCCUUUGGGCAGGUGGUGUGCAGGGUUCGUGUGUGCACUGGGCCAGGAGGAGCCGAGUGUCCUCGCUGCCGCUUUCUGGCUGUGUCCUCAGGGCACCGUGCCCGUCCUCAGGGCACCAGCACAUGCUGGCCCUGGUCUCAGGGUCCUGCCUCUUGCUGUGACUUCCAUCCUCUGGGUGCUCAUCUGGGACAAAGCCGAGGCCAGCCCUAGGGUGAGCUGAGGGUACCUGCAGUGCUCUUGGCAGCGAGCCUGGCCUACCACGAGCUCCAGGUCAGUGGGACAACUCUGCCGGAGCACAGAGACCCCAGCCUCCGCUCCACUCCCAGCACGGCCAGGUGACAUUCUUCGUGGGAAGGGCCUGUGCUCCUGCGGGUGGGCUUCGUGAGCUGGUGGGAACCACUGCCCCAGGGGCGCCUGUCUGCAGGUUCAGCAGCCUAGCCUGGUGCUGCUGGCCCCGCACCGUGCACCUCCUGUAGGGAUCCUGAGCUUAGGAUGGGGCCCCGAGAGGAUGUGGGUGGCUUGCUGUGGCUGACUUGCUAGGAUUUUGAACUACAGUGACAUUCGUAUGACAGCAGAUUGGCCCCUGGAGGUGUGCAGUCUGGGGUAGCUGGUGUAUAAGGUGCUACUGCACUGUCCUUCCGGCUCAGAACCUUUCCAGCAGCCCAGUAGCCCAGCUUCCCCAUCAAUUGUUCAUCUGCGCUCUGCCCAGCAGGGUGAUUUCCUGAAAGUGGUCAUAUAUCACGCACGCCCCAUCCAAGAGGCCCACAGCGCCCCAAUGUGCCGCUUCAGGCCUUUUUAGGGCUGAAUGUUGUCGCCCUGUUCUGAGCCCACAGGGUCUGGGUUCCAGGGCCCACCGACUGCCAGUCUCCACGUCCAGCUGCGUGGCAUCGCCUGUAACAUGGCCACAGCUCCGCAGAUGACCUGCGGCGCCUGGUGCAGUGUGCGGUGAGGCUGUGGGGUGCAGUGACGGCUGGGCAGCGCAGAUGGACACUGCGGACUGUGCUGGGCCUGACCGCGCAGUUCAGUUCAGGUCAGGACCACAGGGCAAUCAUUUUCUUCUCACAACAUGUGGUCAGUCCCACAGCUGCAAACCUGUGGGUAUGGAGGACCGGGUGGGCGCAGGGGUCCACUGUGUCCUGCAUGUCUGUCACUGGCUGGUGAAUGUGAACCUGGGCCACGGACACCAGGCUGGAACGUGUGUGCGCGGGCGCUGUGCACUCUGCGGGGUGCAGUCCCCCUUGGGAGCACUUCUGCUGGUGGCUUUUUGAGGAAGCUGGUGUGGAUAUUGAGGUGGUGCCAGGUGGCAGGUGGGUGAGCACAGGAUAGGGUCGGUGGGGCUGGGUUUAGAUGAGGCCUGGGCUACUUUGCUGUGUGACCUCUGCAGAGUUGCCAGCCCCCUCUGUGUCUCACCUGUCCCGAUGGGCACGGCCCAGUGUGUGUCCAGGGUAAGUCCUAUGUGGGCCUACUCUGUGCCUGACACUGGAGCAGGGAUCACGAGUUAGCUGUGCCCAGGUAUGGUCAAGACCUGUGCUUGCCGAGCUGCUUCCCCUUGCAGCGAUGCCAUUCAGGACAGCAGGUGAGUAUGGGGGCACAGGGUGCACCAGUGGGGGCGCUCAUUCGUACCCCAAAGAGCUCCUGAGAAUAUUUUUUAAAAAGUUGAGCCACCAGGGAACACAGCAGGCUUGGCAGCAGGCAGACACAUGUUCUGGCCUUUUAAGAUACCGUGAGGAGAUGGCAGGACCGGAUCAAGGGAACAGGGGCUGCUGGGUACCCGGUGAGCUGAGGGGCAGGAGAAGGGCAGGGAUAACCGCAGCAGGGCCGUCACAAGCCCCGAGCACCCCAGGCUCCCGCAGGACCGGACCGGGCUUCCCAGCCCCGUCCUCUCAUCCCAGCACCCUAGGUAUGGUCUCUAGGCAGGGGACCUGCCUCUCACCGCCUUGUUGCCCUGAGACUUCUGUGGCAGGCCAGAGCCGAGAGAGGAAGCCACAGAGCUUCCGGAACAGGACUUGGGAUGGGACAGAGGGCAGCGUCGGGGCCUCCGUGUUGUGGGAACAGAAUCCGGUGCGUGGCAAGGUUGACACCUGCCAGUCACGGGGGUCCCUGACCUCCAGGCCAGGCAUGAGUGUAGCUGUCGACUCACCUACGCCAGGGAGCUGUUAACCAUUUUAGGUAAGGACGCCAAGGUCCUGGCCGUGGGAGGCCCGGUUCCACUUCCACCGGAAAGAAGGGGGUUAUCCUGGUCCCCCCAGAGCCGAGGAAGCACAGCACACGGCCGGUCCUGACUGGAGUUUAUUUGGCGCCUGUGCCUGGUGGUGGCAGGCUGCUGGGCAUGGCCCUGGCUACACGGGCUCUACUGCUGUCUACGGGCCUGGCCCAGGAUGAGCUUGGACACUACGGGGUCGAGGCUCCUACCAG